AUGGUCUUGGGCAUCGUGAUGAGUUUGGUAUUGAACGUAGAAGUUGCGACAGGACAUCAAAGGUUGCCUGGGAUGCAUAGGCAGAACAGCGAAGACAUUCCGAAUCAUGCGUAUCUUGAGGAGCUGAAGUUUUUCCUCUGGGAUGAACGAGGAGUGGAGUAUUUAAUAUGUAGUGAAAGAAUUGAUGUUGUAAAAAACACCAGUGUCUCAAAGACGAGUCGAUCUCUGGAGGAGGCAUUGAACCCGUCUACCUUACAGAAAGUAGAUAUGGUUCUCUUCCCAAUGAGAAUGAAAGCAUAGUGGAAUUUUUGGUUGAAGGAAGAUCCAGCCUGUAACUAGUAGUGUCCCUGUCCUCACCCAGCAGCGGAGGCUGCACCCACAUAUGAAUAAAGAGGUGGUCUUUGUGUCUCCUAGUUACUAGGUAUUCAUUGGAUUUGGAUAGAAGUGAGCAAAGAAAACCUAUAAUACUAUUCAUUGUCAUGCUUGAUAUUACAAUGGCUGGAUGAGUAAUACGAGAAGCAUGCUUCCAGCAGUGCCAGAAUCAUGGCAAAUGGUCUACCUCCAUAUAUGUUGCCACUAUCUGCUUCCAACAAGAUAUUAUAACAGAUAUUGAUGUGCUGGCCGUUCUUGAAUUUUUAGAGAAUGCUAUUGCUAACCUGAUUACUCAACUGGUAAUACAACGUCAAUAUUAUCAUCGUCCCCCGCUUACCAGGACCAGAUUUCACCGCGAGCAGGUUUGAGAUAUUUGUUAGUGUCCCUUAUUAUAUCUAGUUGUUGUAGUAUCCUAUACAUCCCCUUGCCUUUCCCACAACAUGAAAACGACAUUGCUUCAAGUCAGUCUAUUAUUUCUUUGAACGUCCACUUGGAAUUGUACAACUCCCCACAACGAAACUAUACCCGCUCGCACGUCGCCGCGACGCAUGAAGAAGAAAUUGAAAGUGCUGUUUGAGAAGACUAGUAGUACACAACGACAACCCGCCAUCUACAACACGCCAGCAUGUGACACCU